GUAUUAGAGUGCUGAGAGAGAUCUAUGCAGCACCCUAUGCGGAGGCGUUGCCUGAGAUUGCGGACCCGUGGUCGAUUCCCAUCGAUGCCAAGGGCAUCGUCAGGCGCAAGAAGCUCAAGUCCAACAUCGAGAUGAGCUCGACAAGGACCGUCGUCGAGUGCGACGACUGCUCCGAGGCGCGCCAGAUGGGCAUUGUUGCCAACUGCAAGACGUGUCAGGGCGGCGGCCUCGUCGAAAAGGUCUAUGUGGUCCAGUGCAUCGUCCGGCUCGCCCAGUUUCUCCCGCUCAAGCUGCCUGCGCUGCACCUCAUGGGCGCAAGGCAGCCCCACAUCAAAUACCUUGACACCAACGACGCCUAUCACCGCGACGCCGUGCUCAGGGACCGCGCUCUCGACGGGCUCCAGGCGGCGGCUGGUCGUGUCGCGCGGCACCACUAUGCCCAGCACGGCUCCCGGCUCCUCCAGGGCCGAGCGACGAUCUCGCGCCGCGGCGUGCUGACGGUGUGCGUCACGAGCAAGAAGAGCAAGGCGCGCCGCUUCUUUGACAUUGACGAUGGCGCCGAGGGACGCAUCGUCGAGACGACGUCAUCGACGUCGCCCAGCAUGCCCGACUCGCUCGCUCCGCCGCCGCUCCCGACCCUGUAUGCAGACGGCGACACCGGCGCGCCCCCGAGCCCUUCUUCCUCGUCGUCCUCGUAUGGUCGAAAGACGAGCUUCAGCGCGUCGCUGAGACACCCGCAGCACACCCUCCUCCACCAGCACCAGCAGCACGGCUCCGCCGCCUCGUCGGCCACCGUGGGUGGCUCCUCGAUGCGCGCGCGCAAUGCCAGCAGCCCGAACCUGCACCAGGGCAGCGUCGCGCCAAAUGGUGGCACGAACGCACCCCAGGGCAGCUUCUUUGUGCCCCCCAGCCCGCCCAAUCCGCAGCCGCCGAGCAUGGGCCUGGCCCAGUCGAAGCGGGGGUUCAAGAGCCUCUUUGCGAAAUAACUGCCUCACUGGGGCUGCCAUUCUGGCACUUGAACUUCGCGCACCUACACUGCUUCUCAUUACCAUCUCACCCCUUGUGGUUCUCUCCUGUUUGCUUGCCGUCACCGAUUUUGGGAUAUUUCCUCGUCACUUGAACAAUGUCAUCGCUCUCUGUGUGUCCUUCCACAGUCUGACGCUAAGUGCGAGC